AGGCACCUUUACAACAAUUUAUCUUACGUUGCUCGCUACUAAUAAUCACAACCGCCUCGGUACCCAACCGUCUUUGGGCUCAUCGAAUACAAUCACCACGCCUCCCAGUCGGGAGGCAUAGUCUGUCUAACCGUCCCUCCCAUGUCUUCCGAUCCAACCCAGCAAUCCAACGGCACCAUGACAACAGCCGACCAAUCCUCUCCGCUGCGGCAAUGCUUUAUCUGUCUGCUCGACUCGACCGAGACUCCCGAAAAUGAAGACUGGGUGAAUCCCUGCCCGUGCACCCUCGAGGCGCACCAGAGCUGCAUGCUUCGCUGGGUGGCAGAGAUGGAAGCCGUCGGCGGCGCGAACCGGAGCCGAGGCCGCCGCGCCAGCACCCUGCAGUGUCCGGCCUGCAAAGGCAAUAUACAGGUGUUUGAGCCGUUCGACCCGGCGCUCUGGCUGAGGGACCGCGCGCUGCAGACCUAUAGCGCCGUGUCGCCCGUCCUGCUCGUCUGUUUCGUCGGCGGCUCCACCUUUAGUGCCAUGGUCAAGUUUGGUGACUUUUCGGUUGCCACGUUUGCGGGUAGCUUCUCUGCGGUGCGCAAGUGGCGGUUGGACGGCAUCCAGAGGCCGCUGGACCCGAGGUGGUUUGCUACAUCUGCCGGGCUUAGGUUUGCCACGGUUCACAUGUUCAAGUUAUGGGCACUUGCUUCCAUAGGGCCUGCUUUGAUCAUAUCAAAGGCUUUCUCCGGUAUCGGCAAUCUUUUGCUGCCGGUUUCCCUCGCGUCGAGCGUGUUAAUGACCGCCAAGGAUAACGUUCCGCAUUGGCCACCGAGUCCCGAGUGGGCCUUGACCGCCAUGCCGGCAGUCAGUCUUUGCUACUCUCACGUGUACUACACGUUGUUUGGUCGCUUGGAAAGGAGGCUGAACGCCGCAAUUCGCGGCAGGGAUCCAGACUCGCCGCAAGAGGAGACUCACCUGGAGCAGCAGCAGGAGGGUCAGGAUCAGCAAAGGCCGCAACAGGGCGGGCAACGUCGACGUAACAACCGAGACCGCGGUGUUAAUGUGUGGGAGGCAGGCCUUGGAAGGAUCAUGGCGCUCGCGAUAGCGCUGGUCUUUGGGUUGGAUGAUGACGAGGGCGAACAGGACGGUGAUGGGGGUGAUGGUGAUGACCAACGUGUGGAGUUCGAACUCGAGAUUAAUUUGCAAGUCCCGAACGACGAAGAUGAGGAAGCUCCGCAGGGUCAGAUCGAGGAGGCUGGGAACAUGGCCGUAGCCCAGGCUCCCGUCAGAAAUGAGCCAGAGCCGGCGGUCAACGACGGAACCCUGCCCGUUGCCGCAGAGGUUGUGCUUGGACAAGAGCCUGAUGUUCAGGCCGAGAACGAUAUUCCACCACAACAAGCACUUGCCGCAGAUCAAGCCACUGCCCAAGAGGCGGCAGAUCCUCCACCCGCAAUCCAGCCGGCACCACAACCUCAAGCUCAACAAGAUCAGCCAGCCGAGCAGCCGCGUCAACGUCGGGUAGAAGGAGCCGGAAUCAGCACGUGGUCCAGGAUAAUCAACGGCACCGUCUCAGCCCUCCUCAUGCCGCAGAUAUCCUUCGCCAUGGGCGAGGCCCUUCGUCUGACACUACCGGCGCGCUGGGUCAGCAAGCAGGGUCAACCCAAGGGACUUUUGCAGCACACCUGGGGCCGGAGUCUAGUCGGCACCUGCCUGUUUGUCGUUCUACGGGAUGCCAUGUCGCUAUAUGUCAAGUACAGGCGGGUGCAGGCGAUCAAGAACCGCACCGUGAAGAACUUUGACCCGACCGUGAGUUCCAAAGGGGCUGGAUCUACAGCUUGAUUUGAACAAUGGAUUUUUCUCUAGGGUGAUUUGUUCCAGAUCCAGUCUGUUGUUUUGUUUAUAAUGAUGUAAAUCUAGCGUACACGCAAAUUUUCAAGAUGUCCCGUGAGUGGAUGAGGCUUUUACUCGGGUCAAUGUUGGCAUAUACAAUAACAAUGCAUACCAACACGGCAUCACAUCACUCGGUACUGAUGAUAUUGAUAUUUCAAUUGAUUACAACCUAUAUACACGGCAUGCAUCCGGUACCUCAGCUCAG